AUGGAUUGCAGGCGAAUUGACAAAUUUAUAUUAGUUAAUGGUAAAACGAUUUCCGCUAAGAUCAAUUCGGGUAGAAGUGUGAUGCGUUAUUGUUUGCUUUGUUUCCGUAAUGAACGCAUGGAAAAAGCUUAUCAGAUGCAGUUCGAUCAGUGGUUUGUACCAGCUUUAGCUAUAAGCAUAUUUUUCCUCGUCACAUACGGUAUCUAUCAUGUUCUCGUUUUACCGAGACAAAUUUCAACGCUUGUAAUGAUCAUCACAUCAUUGGCUGUAAUUUUUUUGGUUUUGCUUACACUUUAUGCAAAUUUUUUCCAAUAUUCAUGUCCACAAUAUCCUAAUUUAACAGUACUAAAAGAAGAAUGUAGUGUCGUACACUUUUCUCAACUUAACUGUGCAUUUUGGAUGCUCGUAACGUCUGUUUUUGUACGUUUUUCAUCAUUAGCAUUAUUUGUUGCGCUGAUGGUUGCGUUCAUGCUUUAUACGUGUCAUAUAUUCGUUACCCAUCCAUUGCUUUACGUGAAUUAUACACAAUUUGCAACCACUUAUAAUGUGGAAUGGGAAUUAGUUAUUGGCUUGUUCACUUUAUCGCUGCUUAUAUUUUUGCAUUUUCGAAGAAAUGAACGAAUUUUGAGGCUGGAUUUUAUGUCAAAGCUGAAGGAAUUGGAAGAAACGUCAAAUGCUGAACAAAUCGAGUCAGCUAAUCAGCAAAUGCUGCAGAAUGCUUUACCAGCACAUAUUGCUCAAAAUUUUCAAAAUAAAUCUGAACUUUAUCAUCAUCUUUGUCAUAGUGUAGGAAUAGCUCAUAUUAAUAUAAUAUGUGAAGAUGAAGAUGGUGAAGCUGCUGUAAGAAAUUUGAAAAAUUUGGUUUGUGUGUUUGAUCAGAUUGUAAUGCAGCAUCGUGGCAUUGAAAAAAUACGAGCGUGUCAAAAGAAUUACAUCGUAGCAGUUGGAUUAAUUCCGGAAAUUUGUAAAAAUGUGCAUGACACUCCAUCGACGAUCGGUGAUUUACUCGCUGAACUCACGCAGUUCACAUUGAACGUUUCGGCAUUUGCUGCUGACCACGGCAUUUCCUUAAAUAUUGGCAUUGAUUGUGGAUCAGCUUUAUCCACUGUUUUAUUAAAUGGUCAAAAGCCAACAUAUGAACUGAUUGGAAAGCCGUGUUUGGGUGCACGUACGUUGAUGCAACAUGCAAAUUGCUAUGGCAUUUUGGUAUCAGAAGAGAUAUACUUGGCUUUAAGACCGAGAAAUUUCAAUUUUGAUCCAAGGCCGAUCAAAAUCACUAAGACUUUCAAUGCUUAUGUAUUCGAGGAUAACCGUGCUGAAAGUAGCUACCAAGCUGAUGAAACAGAUGUGAAUUCAUUUUGUGCACCACCAGUAGAAGACAGUGUGACAUCUCAGAAUCCACUUGAAAUGUUUGCAUCGAUGAAUUCAUCAGUUUGCUCUGAUGUUUAUUCCAUUGAUAUCGGAGUUGAGACAGAUUCUGAAAUGGAGUGGAUCACGCCGGAAAUGCUAAUCUAUGAAAAAAAUGCUCAACUCCAAGAGCAUCAGUCUACUUCUUCUAUGCAAGUACCAGCGAAUAUUGAAAAUUAUAGCAAUUCAUCACAGCAAGAUCUGUCAUUAAUUGCAAGAUGUAAUCGUCGCCAACGACGAUGGCAGUGUAAACGAUCGCCUUCAAAUUGGUGGAAUCAGCCAGUCACUUCAGAUAUAAGUCAGGGAAUCGUUAAUGAAAUUGAUGGGAGUGAUAAACUUGCCGCUGCAGCCAGUCGGGUAGAUCAGAUGUUAGCCGAGCUGACUGCAAUCGCUGAUUUAGAUCAGGCACUCGAAGAUCGUCCUUUUCCUAUGCUUCUAUCUAACUCUACUAAAAGUCUAAGGAGAGAUAUCUCAAGCGCUUGUCGUACAGAGUACGAUAAUGCAGAAUCAGAAGGUAUUUGUUCAGAUUCAGAAAUGCGUGGUGGUCGAUUGGAGCAGUUAAAGAAGGCUUUGAAGACAUGUAGUAGAACAAGUUUUACUCAACGAAGACGACAUAGAUUGUGGAGCCGUAGUGAUAACGGUAAUGAUGCUGAUAUUGAUAGUAUCUGUUCAUCACUUGGAACCUCAUCCUUUUUCAGCAAUCUUAGAUGGAAUAGUGUUCAUUCAAUUGGUUAUGAGAAUGAGUACAAAUUUGCUUCGAAAGAAGACCUUCGAGAAAUAGCUCGAAGUCAGAUGCAGGCUUUAAGUCGUGAUAUUCGAAUGAAUUUCGGUGAUUAUCAACUUGCUACAUUUUCAGACAUUGAUGCUUAA